CCUGUCUGAAGGUGGAAGUGUUUCGAUUAUGCAGCGAGGAACCUGCUUCAUCAACUAUGAAGAUUUUAGGGAAUGCUUCGAUUGUUACAAAAAGGAGACCAGGUCAAGUUACAGCAUUCACAGCUGUGUUUCUGUCCAGCGUCACAACAGCAGGCACGGCACGAAUAUCCGUGAUGACGUAAUAUACACUCAGGUAAAGUUUUGCUGUUCCAAACUGCAAGGGCACAACGGUAAAAGAAAGUCGCUGGAAGUCAUCUGCCCAGCCUACUUUUUUCUGCAGUAUGACGCCACACUAGAUCGACUGGUAGUUAAAGAAGAAUGUCCCACCCAUGUUCACACCAAGCAGACAAGUCUGCAAGUAUCUCCCCCUACCUUUCCACUGGAACUGGUGCAUUCUGAAUGCAGGGAGCUGGAUUCCCAAUCUAAAAAGAUAUGUGGUGAAACAAUAUCUUUACCUGUAGCUCAGGAAUAUAAUGAUGAAAAUCUUCAUCUGCAUGUGCCAUCUGAAUACGAGGAAAGCUUGCCAUUGGACGGAAACGAUAGUGAAGUUGAUUUUCCCGAUGCCACCUUAGACUGUGUUCAGGAGGUGUUGUCUAUAGAUGCGAUUUCACGUUUAGGUGAGUUGAUGAAGAACUUUCAAACCAAAGAUCUUGGUUCAAAAGCAUUGUUAAGCGUUGGAAGUGAACAGCAGUUGGAGCAGAUAAGCUUCCAAACAAGUAAAAUGUGUGGCUUUUUUUUAAAGUUUCCCGAAAGCCUACUAAUCCACAAGGUGGUCAUUAAACGUGGAUACACUGUGUACGCAUUUCUAGUGGAAAACAAAGAGCGCACAGGAAAGGUCAUUAACUUCUCUUUUGUUAGGGAGGAUAAUGCAAAGGAGAUCUCCAAAAUGAUGGAAACCUUCAAAAAUUUCAACCCGGAAUGGAAAAAGGUAAAGAUUAUCUAUACGGAUAUCGGUUUUGGACACAGGGAUACCUUGCGGGAGUCAUUUCCUUCAGCCAGGACUCUACUGUCUGUGUUCCAUACAGUGCAUUUCAUUGAAAGAGAAAUCAAGGGAUCAACUUGCUUCAAGGAAUGGCUUCGCAAAUGGAUCGACGAUGCCAUCCACCACACAACCCCAGAGAAACUGAACACCUUAGCAGAGCAAAUACAGUACAAAUUGGACAAGGAGUUGUAUGAAGACCUUUACACAAACUGGUUCUCUUGUGAAUUGCUGUGGUACUUGCAUAUGAAGAAAGGCUUGCACUUCAGUAAUAUGUACAUGGACAGCUUGGGCUUGGUGACUGAUACCAUCUCCAGUCUGCUCUCGAAAGAUGUGCCCACAGAAGAAAAAAUCCAGCAGUUUGUUGAAUCUGCAGACUGUUUCAAUAGCAAGGGGCUAGAAAACAAAAGGGAUGGCUGUUUGGAUUUUUCCAAGAAUAUCGCCAGAUCCCCAAAAAAGAAAAAAGUGAAGGUAAAAUCUAUCAUUAAAUCACGACGGUCAGCCCAACCUUCUAUGAAAAAGAGCUCGGGUUUGCCAAAGGUUAUAGACGCCUCGGAAAACAAGCCCAAGCCACUGCCAUCCAGACUACAGAAAGUUUCUGAUAAGAUGUUACUUUCCUUGAAGAACAACUGCAAUGACCUUGGCUUUCGGCUGUGCUUUAAAGAGUGGGAAGCGGUUCAAAAGUCUAGCCAACUCAUUAGUGUCCAGACCGAUUGUAUUCUUGUCCGGUUUCUGGAAGAAUCCCAUCAAGUCUCUCAGGGUGGUUUGUCCUGUACAUGCUAUUUCAGUACCCUUUAUAAGUUGCCAUGUAGACAUAUCUUAGCCAUGCUUCUUGCAAACAAAAAGCUGGUUGACAGAGACAUGGUCAAUGUCAGGUGGCAUAAGAGGUCCAUAAAACCAGUGUCACAUUCCAAGAUAUGGGACACGGUACUUUGCAAUGCUAACUCUGCAGAUGAAGCUAACAGAAGGGUGGACAUGAUCAACAGUCUGGUCAUGGAAUUUGAAAAUCUACUCCUGCAGGUUGAUGAGGCAGAAAAGCGGGUUAGAUCUUCUACACUCCAGAUAAUCGUGGAUAUGUGGCAAAAGGAAUCAAAUGCUAAGAAAGACCAUCUAGCUCAGAAUAAGACUGAUGCCCUGCCUUUAAGGUGGGUGAAGAAGGAAUCCGUUGAAGGGGAAGCAGAUUCUGACUGUUGUGAACUGUACAGGCUGGACACUUGACCUAGCCAUCAGUUAAAUAUUUAUGAACAGACCAAAUAAAAC